AUGGCAUCGUCGCCGAACACCAAGUCCACGAGCACGAGCAAGACCGUACGCGGCGAGCACCGGUUCAACAUCGCCAGGUACAGCCUAAAGCCGGUCGGCGUCGUCACCUCCGCCACCUUUGCCGUCGGCGGCUACGACUGGUCCAUCUGCUACUACCCCGAUGACGGGAAGGAGGACGAGGCCUACGUGUCGGUCUUCGUCAGGCUCAUGACCAAGAACGCCAGCGCGCGGGCGCUGUUCGACCUGAGGCUGGUCGACCGCGCCACCGGCCUGCCGCACUCGGUGCGCCGGAGCGGGGCGCCGGUGGUGUUCGACGCAAACAAGGCCAAUAAGCACGAGAGGGGCGCCCGCUCGUUCAUGCCGAGGAGCGAGCUGGCGGCUUCGCCGUACCUCCGCGACGACUGCCUCACCGUCGAGUGCGUCCUCGACGUCGUGCAGGAGCCGUCGCUCACGCAGACCACUGUGUCCUCGGAAAUCGUGGAGCCGCCGCCGUCGGACUUGUGGAAGCACCUCGGCCAGCUGCUGCAGAUGCAGGAGGGGACGGACGUCACCUUCAAGGUGCAAGGGGAAGCGUUCCGCGCGCACAGGGUCGUGCUCGCGACGCGGUCGCCGGUGUUCAAGGCCGAGCUCUCCGGGUCGUCGCUGCCGACGAGCGAGGAUGACACGAGGGAGAUCAUAACCAUCAACGACAUGCGACCUCUAGUGUUCAAGGCCCUGCUGCAUUUCAUCUACACCGACGUGUUGCCCGGCCUGGACGAUCUUGGAGGGCAGGAGUACCAAGAAUUGGUGAGGAAUCUUCUCGAGGCGGCGGAUCGAUACGCCAUGGAGAGGCUGAAGCAAAUAUGCAGACUCAUCCUGCGCAAAGUACUUGAUGCUAAGACCGUGGCAGCUGCGCUAGCUUCAGCUGGUCAGCACCACUGUUGCGGAGCUCCAGGAGACGUUUGUGUUCAGUUCAUGCCCUCGGCUGGAUUGGAAGGAUGA